CAUGGCAGUGAUCAGCUGGCAUGACUGAUAAAAGAGGCCCUAUUCACUGGCCUCGGUUAAUCCCGGUCAGCCGGCUGCGCCUGGUGCCACAGCGGGUGGAACGACUGCUGCAACAGGCAGCAAAGAGGCAAAAUGGCUCUUGCUUUCCUCUUGGCAGCAGUCCUGGGACUUCUUAUUCUCAGGGCUGUUUUGUUUCCACUGAGAAACCCGAGCUCCCCUCCAUGCAUCAGGAGCUGGAUCCCUUGGUUUGGAGCUGCAUUUCAGUUCGGGAAAGCUCCUCUGGAGUUCAUAGAGCAAGCUAGAAGCAAGUAUGGUCCCGUAUUCACAAUAUUCGCUCUGGGAAAACGGUUUACUUUUGUGACUGAGGAAGAAGGAACUGAAGCAUUUUUUAACUCUAAAGACUUAAAUUUUGAACAGGCAGUACAACAAGCUGUCGAGAAUGCAGUUUCUGUCCCUGCAGAAGCAUUUUAUCAGAACCAUGGUACCCUCUACAGCAUGAUGAAGGGAAAAAUGGGUCCUUCUAAUCUGCACAUGUUCACGGGAACUUUGUGUAAAGAACUACAUGAGCACAUGGCACCCCUGGGCAUGGAAGGCACAGGAGAUCUCAAUGACUUAGUAAGGCAUGUCAUGUAUCCAGCAGUGGUGAACACUCUGUUUGGGAAAGGCAGCUGCCCAACAAGUCAGAAUGAAAUCAAGGAGUUCGAAGAACAUUUUCAGAAGUAUGAUGAAGACUUUGAAUAUGCUUCUCAGAUGCCUGAGUGCUUCCUGAGGAACUGGUCUAAAUCCAAAAAAUGGCUUCUAAAAUUAUUUGAGAAAGUUGUGUCGCAUGCUGAAAGGACCAACCCUUCAGAGACUGCAUCCAAGACACUACUGCAGCAUCUCCUGGAUAACUUGCAAGGAAAACAUCUAGCUCCUAAUUAUGGUCUCCUAAUGCUCUGGGCUUCCCAAGCAAAUGCUGUCCCUAUUGCAUUUUGGACCCUUGCUUUCAUACUCUCUUAUCCUUCCAUUUACGAGAAAAUCAUGGAAGAACUGGCUUCUGUUUUUGGCAAAGCAGGUAAAGAUAAAAUAGAAGUCUCUGAAGAGGGCCUUAAGAAGCUCCCCUUGAUUAAAUGGUGCACUUUGGAAGCCAUACGGCUGAGGUCUCCAGGUGCAAUCACCAAGAAAGUAAUAAAUCCAAUAAAAAUCCAGAAUUUCAUCAUCCCUGCAGGUGACAUGCUGAUGUUGUCACCAUAUUGGUUACACAGGAAUCCAAAAUAUUUUCCUGAUCCAGAAAUGUUCAAACCUGAUCGUUGGAAAGAGGCAAAUUUAGAGAAGAAUGCUUUCUUGGACAGCUUUGUGGCAUUUGGAGGAGGGAAGCAUCAGUGUCCAGGAAGGUGGUUUGCUAUCAUGGAAAUCCAGUUGUUCGUUGUGCUGUUCCUGUACAAAUAUGAAUUUGUGCUUUUGGACGCAGUACCAAAGGAGAGCCCUUUACAUUUGGUGGGGACACAGCAACCCACGGCACCAUUCCGGGUCCAGUAUAAGUGCCGGGAAUGAAUGCUGUCCAGCACUAGCUUACCUUCCUUUGCCAGCCAUCCCUGGAUGGGUAGACCACUGAUCUGCUUCCCUAUCCUACAUGUUCAGAUAGGUUCUCUGCCUUAACAGUUCUUAAUUUCAAUUUUAAAUGCUGUCUGUCUUCAGCACUGUGGUAUCCCAAACCAGUAUAGCUGUAGCAGUGCUCCUCACUGGAUUGCCUACCUCCCAGUAUUUAAACAGUCAGGCUCUCCUGCUGCAUUCAUAAUUUCUGGGGCAAUUAUUCACAGUCUGUAAAUCCAAUGUACUAAAGUCACUUGCCAGACAUUCAGGGCAAAAAGCAGCUACAUUUGAAAAUCCUAUAUGGAAAUUGUGCUAUAACCAGCUGAGAAGUAGGUCCUUUGGACUAGGUCACUGUUUCCUGCAGGUCCCUUUGAACCAAGGCUAAAGUGGUGUCUCAUGCUAAGAAAUCAGACUGGUAAUUCCAUACAUAUUGCUUUUGCUGGUGUGCACAAAAUACAGAACAGUGCUGAGCAGAGAACUAUAGAUCUGAUCCACAGCCACCAUAAACUAGCAUGACUUGUCACUGCCUGUGUAAGUAGGUGAAGAUCUGGCCUGCUCUGCCUACAAUUGGUGCAAACUCUUUGCAAAUAAAAUGUGUUUGUAACAGAAACACUGGGGUCUUGUUCCACUGCAUCACCUGAAGUUUCUACUGAGCUUAAUUCAAUAAUAUCUUUAAUAGCUUUAUCGGUGAUCUGGAUGAGGGGAUUGAGUGCACCCUCAGUAAGUCUGCAGGUGACACUAAACUGGGAGAGAGUGUUGAUCUGCUUGAGAGUAGAAAGGCUCUGCAGAGGAACCUGGACAGGCUGGGUCAAUGGGUGGAAGCUAACUGCAUAAGCAGUCAGCUGGCCCAGGUGGCCAAGAAGACAACAGCAUCCUGGCCUGUAUCAGGAACAGUGUGACAAGCAGGACCAAGAAAGUGAUUGUCUC